UGAUCCAGCUAGUUUGCGUAAUUGUGCGUUGGCCUCUCGCAAUUUCCAUCGUGGCAGCCGUCGGCAUAUCCUACGGAAUGUCUACAUCCGCAACCCUUCGGCGUUUCACCUGUUGGCGGAGAAGUUCAAGCAGCACGGCCUAUCAACGGCCCCGAUGGCGGAUUACAUCCAAGGAUUGAACGUAUAUGCUGCGGACCCACCAUAUGCGCACGUCAUACCUCAUCUUUUAGGAGGCGCCUUCCCCAACCUAACGUCCAUUGCAUUCCACAACGUCCGGUGGAGCGGCCAACACGCGGGUAUAUACCACUCCUUCGUAUCGCUCAUGCCUCGCUUCAAGACCGUCACCACGUUGCGGCUCUCGUCAUGCAAAUUCAACAAUAUGAGCGAUCUGUUUCGGCUGCUACGUUCACUUCCUCGUCUGAAAUUCCUGGCUUUGUGCGCCGUGAGCUGGCAUAAUAGCGCAUCGCAGUGUAUCCAGACGUGGCAUGAUGGGCCGAAACUCCAGUCUCUCAUAAUGUGGGAUAUGUCCAUCAACGACGUUCAACGGAUAUGCGAAUGGCUGGCACAGUCAUCCGGCAGGCAGCACAUAUGCUCUCUUAUCCUCGGUAGGCUGGAUCACAAGGGUUGGCAAAACAACUUUGGUCGUCUGUUGGAGAGUAUCGGACCAUCGCUCCAAAAUCUAAGUCUGCCUCUCGUACUCAGGAACGAUGGUUGUAGCUGGACGAACAAUCCGAACUUACGUUCACUAGUCAUUUAUUGUUGCCGCGUCCACGACUGGAGCGCGGCCUGCGACGACACGGGUUGGCUAAUUGGUCAAAUUGUCAACGGACGGGUUUGUGAAGUUGCGUUCGAGUUUUUGGUCUCUCCUGAGCAGGUCGCGGCGGACAUGGUGGACAUUCGCGCCAUCAAUGGCGUUGGUGCAUGCUCAGGUGGAAGGACGGACCAUUGCCCUCUCCAGCAAUCAAACCAUAUAGAUGAAAGAGAACUGCCAUUCGCCACCACGUUGAGAAUUGUUGGUGAUGCUAAUGUUGGUGGUGCUAAUGCUGGCGAUGACGCCAUGCGGUUCUUCCGUAUAAUCGAGGAAGAAUUGCAGCGUCAAGGCUGGCGGGCCCGCGGCUUGAUCAGAACCUCAACUUGUCCCCGUCAGAUAUCCUUUUGUCUCAGAUUCACCAAAACUUAGGCCUUUUACGUUCAGAUUGAUUGAAGAGCUAUCCAAGCAAAAUGCCCCCGUUUCAUUAGCGUGGUGCCGGUUCGGAACGUUCGUCAGACAGUAUACCAUCG